AUGCGCGCCCUUACCGCCUCGCUGUUUGGCGUCGCCGCCGGCACCCUAGGCCUGGAAUCCAUCCCCGGCUUCAUCUUCUACUUCCUCGGCACCGCUGGCGUGUCCCUGCUGAUCUUCAACUUGAAGGCCGACGGCAAGCCUGCGGCCUACUUUUACAAUCCCUUUGGCGAUCUCUGGUUCGGCGAUCUGUUUGGCGGCCUGAUGUCUUUUGCACGACUGGAGCAGGCCGCUCUUCUCAAGAAGGUGGUGGACGCCAUCAAAGACCUGGUGCAAGACUGCAACUUCGACUGCAAUGACUCGGGCAUCGCGCUGCAAGCCAUGGACAACUCGCACGUCGCGCUCGUGUCGAUGAUGCUCAAGUCGGAAUCCUUCUCGCCCUUCCGCUGCGACCGCAACAUCGCGCUCGGCAUCAACCUCACCUCCCUCACCAAGGUCCUGCGCGCCGCGCAGAACGAGGACAUCCUCACGCUCAAGGCCGAGGAUGCGCCGGACGUGGUGAACCUGAUGUUUGAGGACAGCAAGACGGAUCGCAUGAGCGAGUAUGAUAUCAAGCUGAUGGAUAUUGAUCAAGAGCAUCUGGGCAUUCCUGAUACGGAGUAUGCGGCCACCAUCUCGCUGCCUUCGUCGGAGUUUCAGCGCAUCUGCCGCGACUUGUCCCAGUUGUCUGAGUCUGUGGCCAUCGAAUGUACAAAAGAAGGCGUCAAGUUCAACUGCUCGGGAGACAUCGGCUCGGGCUCGGUGUCGCUCCGCCAGCACACCAACGUGGAAGACGAGAGCAAGAACGUGGAGAUCAACCUCAGCGAGCCCGUCGCGCUCACCUUCUCCCUCAAAUACCUCGUCAACUUCUGCAAGGCCAGCGGGCUCAGCGACCAUGUCAAGCUGUGCUUGAGCAACGAGGUGCCGCUGCUGGUGGAGUACGCGCUGGCCAACAACAGCUACUUGAGAUUCUACCUGGCGCCAAAGAUCGGUGAUGAGGAAUAG